AUGCAGGACAUUUGCAACAACAUGUGCUGGGGCGCUUACUGCACUAAACCGUCAUUUGGAGCAACACUGAAGUAUGAUCGUUACGGAGGUACUGGAAAACGCGAUAGUGAUAUUGGAAAAGCUCGCCAAAAGUCGGCUGGCUGUCUUCCUAGGCCCAACCGUUGCAGCACUAGCGGUGGCAAUCCGAGAGCUGGCGAGAACUGCGACGAGUAUCCAUUCGCAAGCACUUCUGACGCCGACAAGGGUGGGCAAGUUAGCAAGUGUGUCAUCAGCAGGCACAAUAGCCGCCAAGGUCGCAUUAUCCAACAGUACUACGGAAGCUCUUGCAAUAGUCAGCCAUGCAAAUUCAUUGUCGGCUUCGGUAACCCGGCCGCAGCUGGGGUACAAUACUGCCAGGCUUACAGUAAUCCGCACGGUAAAUGCAUCAACAACCAAAUUGCUAAGAUAUACAAGAACGGGGCUCCGGAUGUGCGUCCCACAACAAAGAAGCGCUCUGAGCUUGAACCUGUGGCCCAGUCUGCGCUGCUCCGGAUGUCCAGCGGCAUGGAAGUCUUGUUGCCAAUCGAUACCUUGCUCAAUACCACAUUCGUGCACCCAACUGCUCGCAACAACACUAUGAAGACUUAA